UUUAGCAUGCCCAAAGAGGGGGGAAAGGUGUUAAACCCAGGGAUCGUCUUCCCCCUCUUCUCUCCCCCUGCCCUCCACCUGCGAACCCGGCGGCGUCAUCUGCUAACCCUCGCCAGGACGGCGGCGCUCCGUGCCACUUCUCGACGACUUUUUUGGAAUCAGGCAAAGAUGACGAGCAAGCAGGAGCCCUGGACUCGACUUUCCCACAGUAAGAAGUUACCAGGAUGGGUCGCGUACAAUCCAAAGACCAUGAGGCCUCCACCAUUGAGCGGCGAUACCAAGCAAAUGAAGAUUCUAUCCUGGAAUGUCAAUGGGCUGAGAAAUAUUGUACAGUCAGGAGGUUUCUUUUCUGCAUUGGCUCAGAGGGAGAAUUUUGAUGUGUUGUGUCUUCAAGAGACACAUUUGAAGGCAAGUUUUCUUUGUUUCCACCAGUUCAUUUUCACCUUACAGCGCUCCCUAGCUUCAUCUUUUCAUAGGUCCUAGGUUGUGCCACCUGACAUGGUGGAUUUCAGGUAUUUCAGUGUGAUGAAUGUGUUUUUGUUCUGUUUUCCGGAGGGUGAUGUUAAAGAUUUCAUGAACCUGAUACCAGGGUAUGAGUAUAAUUAUUGGUCAUGCAGUGUCGCGAGGCUUGACUAUUCAGGGACUGGAGUAAUUUCACGGGUAAAACCAAUCUCUGUCCAAUAUGGAAUUGGCAUAGCUGAACAUGAUCAGGAGGGCAGGGUUAUUACUUUGGAGUUUGAGAACUUCUACUUGGUGAAUGCUUAUGUCCCAAAUUCUGGCCGUGGUUUACGUAGAUUGGUUUACAGGGUUGAUAACUGGGAUCCAUCUUUCGCCGACUUUGUCGAAAAACUGGAAAGUUUCAAGCCAGUAAUUGUUUGUGGUGAUCUCAACUGUGCUCGUCAGAGUAUUGACAUUCACAAUCCUCCAGCCAAAACUGAAGAUGCAGGUUUCACCGAAGAAGAGAGGGAAUCAUUCCAGAUAAACUUUGAUAUGAGAGGCUUCGUUGAUACCUUCAGAAAGCAGCAUCCCAAGGCUGUGGGUUACACCUUCUGGGGUGAAAAUCAGCGGCGCAACAACAAAGGUUGGCGGCUGGAUUACUUUCUUGCGUCAGGAUCCAUCAUCGACAGGGUCCAUGAUUCGUACAUCCUCCCGGACGUGACAUCCAGCGACCACAGUCCAAUUGGCCUUGUGCUCAAGCUCUAGGCACCCUCAGUUGUUGCUGGGGAAAUGCUUCGUCAGGCUGAAACGUUUGCAUAGUCAGUUUUUCCGUGGAUUUUGUACUUGAAGGAUCUACCUAGAGUAAUCUGUCAAUGUUCUGCAGAGGUCUUGCGUAUCUGUUAUCUUACCAUGUCACUAGAAUAUAUGUGCUCAUUAAACUUUUGCAAUGUGAAUGGAUUCUAAACUGGAGCUUGCUUUUA